AUGGGAUCCACCAAUUCCUGCCUUCUGCAUGUACAUUUCUUUGUUUUUCUUCAGACUACAGGGGAUCUGGUAUCUGUUUUUGUCUAUGAAAUUAAACCUAAUUCGGAUGAACAGACGCAGGUCGCCAAGGCAGCUUUCAAGCGCUUUAAAACCCUCCGGCACCCCAAUAUUCUGUCCUACAUUGAUGGAUUGGAGACAGAGAAAUGCUUGCAUGUGGUGACAGAGCCCGUGACACCUCUGAGCACUUACCUGAAGUCGAAAGCUGACUCUGGAGGAUUAAGCGAACAGGAGAUCUCUUGGGGUCUCCAUCAGAUUGUGAAAGCUCUCAGCUUCCUGGUGAAUGACUGCAACCUCAUCCACAAUAAUGUGUGUAUGGCUGCUGUUUUUGUGGACCGUGCUGGUGAGUGGAAGCUGGGUGGCCUGGAUUACAUGUAUUCAGCCCAAGGUGACAACAUCCCGCCUCGGAAAGGGAUCCCUGAGUUGGAGAGAUUCGACCCGCCAGAGAAAACAGAUAGCAGCAAAACCGUUGGGGAGAAAUGGUCUGCAGACAUGUGGCGUCUUGGCUGCCUCAUCUGGGAGGUUUUCAAUGGCACCCUACCCCGCUCAUCCUCCUUGCGAUCCCUUGGCAAGAUCCCCAAGUCGCUGGUCCCCCACUACUGUGAACUGGUGGGGGCCAACCCCAGAAUACGCCCCAAUCCUGCCAAGUUCCUACAGAACUGCAGGGGCCCCAGUGGCUUCAUGAAGAACAGCUUUGUAGAGACCAAUCUUUUUCUGGAAGAGAUCCAGAUUAAGGAACCAGCAGAACGGCAGAAGUUCUUCCAGGAGCUGAGCAACAACCUAGAUACUUUCCCCGAAGAUUUCUGCCGGCACAAGAUCCUCCCACAGCUGCUGACCGCCUUUGAGUUUGGUAGUGCUGGUGCCAUCAUUUUGACCCCACUCUUCAAGGUAGGAAAGUUCCUGAACGCAGAAGAAUAUCAGCAGAAGAUCAUUCCUGUCAUCGUCAAAAUGUUCUCCUCCACCGACCGAGCCAUGAGGAUACGACUGCUGCAGCAGAUGGAAAACUUCAUUCAAUACCUCAAUGAACCCACUGUCAACACCCAGAUCUUUCCCCACGUUGUGCAUGGCUUCCUGGACACCAACCCGGCCAUUCGUGAGCAGACAGUGAAGUCGAUGCUGCUUCUAGCCCCCAAGCUGAAUGAGAACAACCUCAACAUGGAGCUGAUGAAGCACUUUGCCCGUCUGCAAGCCAAGGAUGACCAGGGGCCCAUUCGUUGCAACACCACCGUGUGCCUUGGAAAGAUUGGUCCUUACCUCAAUGCCAGCACUAGACAAAGAGUUUUGAUCUCUGCCUUCAGCCGUGCCACAAAAGACCCAUUUGCUCCCUCACGGGCAGCAGGUGUCUUGGGAUUUGCUGCCACUCACAACUUCUACUCUAUGAAUGACUGUGCAUUCAAAAUACUACCAGUUCUUUGUGUGCUGACAGUUGACCCUGAAAAGACAGUCAGGGAUCAGACGUUCAAGGCCAUUCGAAGCUUCAUGACUAAGCUAGAAGCUGUCUCUGAAGACCCAUCUCAGCUCUCUGAACUGGAAAAGGACAUUCAUGCAGCUUCCACGAGCCCUGGGAUUGGAGCAGCUGCCAGCUGGGCAGGCUGGGCCGUCACAGGGGUCUCAUCACUCACGUCAAAGCUAAUCCGAACCAAUGCUGGGACCACGGCAGGACAGACAGCUGUGGAAACCCCUACCGGAGGUGCACUGGAGCCACCAGGUGUUGGAGCCAGCCACAUUCCUUCUCCAGCAACAGUACCAGCAGCUCCUGUUCCAUCCAGCCAGUGGGAUCUGGAGGAGGAAGUGACUGAGGAAGACAAGAAUUCCACAGAUAGAUGGGAUGAGGAAGACUGGGGAAGCCUGGAGCAAGAGACUGAGUCAUCCAAAGAGCAGGCGAGCCCGGAUGACUGGAACACCCCGGACUGGGCAGAACCAGCCUUGGUGUCAAAGAAGCCAGCAGCCAAGAUGACCAACAGCUCUUGCAAGAAACAGGAAUCAGACUGGACCAGUUCUGGCUGGGAGGUUGGAUCUAAUUGGAGCCACAAGAAGUGGGGUGCUCAGGGACAAAGCUCUGUGGCAGAGGACAGUUGGGAGGAGGAUUUUGAUUCUUGGACAGCACAGAAACUGGCCCCCUCACAGCAAGCUCCUGUGGCCCUGCCAGAAGGGACCAAACUGGCCAGUGAAUAUGACUGGGACAGCUCGUUGAGUGCAGAGAAACCAGAUCCGUUCUUCUCCAUCAUCCCUACUCACAAGUCAACAGCAGAGACCCAGCGAAGCCUGGACGCCAUUGGUGAGUGGGGUACAGAGGAAAACUGGGAAUCCGUGGACUCUGACCAGGGGCUCAGCAGGGCAGAAUUAGCACGCAAGAAGCGAGAGGAGCGGAAGAAGGAGAUGGAAGCUAAAAGGGCGGACAGGAAGGUGGCAAAGGGACCUAUGAAACUGGGAGCCAGGAAACUGGACUGACGGGCAACAUGACAGUGGAAGCUCUAGUUAUAGCUUGUAUAUAUGUUCUUAGAAUGUUAGUUUAUACAUACAUCAGCAAUAUGGCCACUCCACCAACCAGGUACACUUGCAUGCAGGGAUGCACAGAUUUGUGGUUUUACUGUAUUUAUUCUGCGUGCUUCUCAGUAAAAAGCAGCUGGGUGAUUGUGUGGCUAUUUGCAUUCUUCUUGUAUGUGCUGCAGUCUUCCUUGUUGUAUAUAAAGGAUGUAGGAAUAAAUUAAUUUUAAAUGA